AUGGGUGGAUCUAGUGCAAUCAACUAUAUGGUAUACAUAAGGGGAAACAAGAGAGAUUUUGAUAGUUGGGCGGAAUCCGGUAACCAUGGCUGGAGUUAUAUGGAGGUGCUGCCUUAUUUCAAGAAAUCUGAAAACAACAGAGAUAUGGAGGUGCAUAAUAGCUUUUAUCAUGGAGUUGGUGGACCUCUAAAUGUUGAAAGGUUUCAACACAUGGAUCCUAAUACACUCAUGCUCAUUCAAGCUUUUAAAGAAAGAGGUUUGCCAGUAACUGACUUAAAUGGUGAAAAUCAAAUUGGUGUCGAUCUCACACAAUCUACUAGUAGAGAUGGUCAGAGACUAUCAACAAAUGCCGCAUAUAUAAGACCUUUAAAAGGACAUAGACCAAACCUUCGGGUUGUAACAAAUGCUUUUGUCACUAAAAUUUUAGUAGACAGUCUUACUAAAACAGCUUACGGUGUAGAAUAUGUCAAUAAUGGUAUUAGGUAUGUAGCUCAAGCAAAUAAGGAAGUAAUAUUAAGUGCUGGAGCAUUAAAUUCUCCUAAAGUAUUAAUGUUAUCUGGAAUAGGUCCAGCACAUCAUUUAGAAAGCUUGAAUAUACCUGUGUUAGUUGAUUUAAAAGUAGGAGCCAACUUACAAGACCACGUCACGACUGAUGCUCUUAUUUUAGGUCUGUCUAAUAAAACGUCUACAUUGAUUGAUUCUCGGCAAUUAUUUGAUGAGGUGAACAAUUACUAUGGACAGCCUCGUUACAAAAGUGGUCCAUUGGCGUCCACAUCUACUCUAAGAGCCGUUGCAUUUAUAAAAACAGAAUUUGUUACCGAAAAUGCUCCAGAUAUUCAAUUUCAUUUCGAUGGUAGAAAUGUUAGAGAUUUUUAUUCAGAUCCAACUACAUAUUUGGCUACAAAUAUAUUUCCUUUAUCAUUUUACGAUGGCGUUGCUGCUAGGCCUCUAUUAUUGACUCCAAAAAGUCGUGGAUUCAUAUUACUUAAUCAGACUGACCCUAUUUUUGGUCCACCGUUAAUAUAUUCAAGGUUUUUUACUGAUAAACAAGAUUUGGAUACGUUAAUAUCCGGUAUGCAAUUUGCUAUUAGUUUAGAACACACUGAAGCGUUUGUUGCUAGUGGCGCCAGCUAUGUAAAAGCACCUCUUCCCCACUGUUCGGGUUUCUUAUGGGGAUCUUAUGAAUAUCUCAAUUGUUUACUUACGCAGUAUACAUCUACAAUUUAUCAUCCAGUAGGAACUUGUAAAAUGGGUCCUAAUUGGGAUAAGGAUGCCGUUGUUGAUCCAAGAUUAAGAGUAUAUGGUAUCAAACAUUUAAGAGUUGUCGACGCAUCUAUUAUGCCUACUAUAACGAGAGGUAACACAAACGCACCUACAAUAAUGAUAGCGGAGAAAGCCUCCGACAUGAUAAAAGAAGAUUGGAUUUCACUAACUUUUUUAUAG